UAUAUAUCUCUGAUAGGGGCAGUAUAAAAUAUGAUAAUACAUAGUGUACCGAAAUGAUGUGUUGUGUAAAAGUUUAUUUGGUGGUUUAAUUUUAAUGAAUGUGAACUUAAAAUGUUAAUAUUAUUUUUCUCAGUUUUGGAUUGUUUAUUUGCAAUUGUUGGUUUUGUAGCAUUUCUUAUUUUAAAGAAUACUCCGGCAUGCAUUUUAGGGUUAAUAUCAGUGUAUUCCAGUAUGAUAAGGGUCUUCCUACUAAUAUUAAAGAUUAAGAAAAGACUGAAUCAAUGGUAUGGACCAAGAGAGCUUGGAAAUUUAUCAUGGCUGGCCUAUGUUUUAUUAACUAUGUCAGUUUUAAGCCUAAUUUAUUUUACAUCCACUCAAAUUUUACUUAAAACGGCUGUGUUGCCAGUUUACUCUAGCCGUGUCCCUCCUAUAGUAUGGUCAUGUAUAGCUAUACAAAACAAUUUUCUUUUGUUUUAUUUGACAAUAAAAUUCAGAAAUGAAAUGGAAAAUCCUUUGGAGGAGCCACUGGUUGAAGAAACAUGAUUUCAACACCUCAUGCUAUGUUUAUUAAUAGAUCUGUAUAGGAAAAUUGUGCACCCUACGGGAUAGGCGAAAGUUUAAAAAAAAUAUAUGGAUACUUUUUAAGAUAUAUUCG